CAAGAGAACUAUUUUUGACUCCAUUUGUUUACUUUUUGUUCUUAAAAAAUGACUUUAUAAAGGAGACUUGUUUAAGUGUUUCUAGUGAGUUAUAUUUAAUAAUACUCUAACAUAAUCUUCUACAGUGGUAUAGGUUCCAGCUGCUGUCAGUGGAGAUAUGAAUACAAGAAGAAAAUAAGGACCUACAACUCCCAAGAAGAAAGUGGUUUAUGAGAUAAAUUCGGAGGAACGUCUUGUUCAGAAAGACUUCUCAGGACCUGCAACACAAACAUUUAUUGACGCAGCAGUGCAUACAACUCAGCCGAGCUGUUUGCGAUAGCAUAACGUGUCCAGAAACGUAAAGUCAUUUAACACUGAAACGUGAAGAAUACAAGUAAAUACUUGUAAACAUGAAAUCGUACGAUUUGCGUUUGGAAACUACGGUUCAAAACUGGCUGGUGAUCCGAGCGAGGGUACUCUAAUGGAAAUUGUAUAAUAAAUCCUUAUAACGUUUGUAACAUAAGAUCAACUGAAACCAGAACAUUAUAUGACUUGCAUUUUCGCCACCCAUGAGAUUUGAAAUAAAACAUACCCAAUUUCAAAGAAAAGAGUAAAAUUGUGCACAUGAUAAAGUCAUGGCAGAGAGAAUAUUAGAUACCAGUCAAAGCCAGAACAACAGUAUUGUAAACGAAGAAGUCGACCAAACCGCUCCUGCUGUUGGAAGUUCCAAUGCUGUUGUGAGUCACAGUAAUCACACCGAAGGUUCCGAUGACACAGCUCCUGUUGUUCGUGAUUCCAUUACUGUUAUGAGUCACAUUAAUCACAACGACGUUUCCAACGAUGCAUCUCCUGUUGUCCUAGGUUCAAAUGCUGCUGUGAGUCUCAGUAAUUACAACGAAGUUUCCAAUGAAACAGCUUCUGUUGACCUAGCUUUCAAUUAUGUUGAGAGUCACAGUAAUCACAUCGAAGUUUCCAAUGAAACCGCUACUGUUGUCCAAGGUUCCACUGUUGAUGUGAGUCACAAUAAUCACACCGAAGUUUCUGAUGAAAUAGCUGAUGUUUUCCGACAUUCAACUGCUGUUUUGAAUCACAAUAUUUACACCGAAACAGCUCAUAGCCAAGCCGGUGAAGCAGCGCAUGCGACCGAAGAUUCUACAAAUAAUUGUGAAGAAGACGGUAUUAUUUCAUCUAGCAAAGUUGCGUUGGUUAAUAAAUGUCCAGACAAUAAUGAAACGAUACAAGCAGGGGUAUCGCGUAUACUCACAAAUAUUAUGUUUAUGAUUGGAAUAAUGGACAUAGUAAAAUUCAUUUCUCAGAUUGCAGAUAACACGUUAAGAGCGGAUUGCGAUUCCAAUCCAGACAGUAUAGUGAUUGAUCCAGAUAUAAGUCAGCAAGUUGAUUUGACACGUUUUUCAAAUUUCAAAACAACUUUCCACAAAAUCUCUGUUAACAAUUAUUCAUUAAAGGAUAAACUUAAACGGAAUACAUCCUUCACAUCCAACGAGGAAAACCAGUUGCAUAAUGAUGAGGCAAAUAACAAAGCAGAGGUGAAUACCAAACUUAAAGAAGUGGGUACCAACCAAAGCACAUCUACAUCACAGAGUAAUAUUGAGUAUCCUUCCCAGAGUCAGAGCGCCAGCAACGGAGAUGGAGCGAUAAAGGUAAAAGAGGGAGUUUCAAACGGUGCAAACGUUGAGAACGCCUCUCUACAUGAAGAUAUAUCAAAUGCAGACUAUACUGAUGAACGUGGCAACAACCAAUUCACCAACAACCAUUAUCAUACUGACGAUACGAUUGUCUCUUUAAAUAGCAACACAGGAACAGUUGACCUCCAUCAAAACAACAUUCCAGUCGGAGUGUAUUAUGAAAUUUCCUUGCACUUUGGGAAUGUGCUUUACCCAAAUGAUAUCGAAGCGACCGAGCCCCGUCCAAAUUUAGAUAUGACUCACCGGACUUGUGCCCUUAGUACGACCAACACUGUAAUUUUCUUCUAUAAACGCCGAAAAUCUAUGGUGGCAAGCCGAUUGCGUCGUAAAGAUAUUCGUGUUCCAUCAGCGCUUCAGGUAACGACGACUCAGACCCAGAUCUUGAUGGAGAUAUGCCAGAGGAUGUCGACUCGUAAUUUAUUCAUGCAACACGGCAUAUCCUUGAAUAAGUUACAAGUAUACAUGAGAAGUACCAAAUGAAACAGUUGAAUAAUCGAUAUGAGUUCCAUACAAAAGCAGUUUACACGGAUUCCUUGAUUUGACGAGUUCAUGUGUGUACGGGAUGUUGAAGAAAGCCUUCUCGAACAUAGCGUAUUAGCUUAAAUGAACAAUAUUUUGAUUUUCAAGCUGUAUGAAGUCAACUGAACACUCGUCGUUAAAUGAACGAACACAGAAGAUAGAAAUAUUGCGUUGAAUGCAAAUAAACGUUGUUUGUUUACAAUUACUCCUAAAAACUGGGCAAGUAAGUCGGUAAAACUGUUUUCAUUUAACUUUUGUAAUAUACGAGAGAAACUUCCGUCGUAAAAAAUGUACAUAUAUAUGCCAUAACUUUCCAAACUAUCUAUAUUUUAAGAAACACUACUUAUGGGGACGUGUGAACCUCUGCUAGUCUUUAAAUUGACUAUGACAUAUUGCCUAUUUCAAAACAGAAGAAAACAUACAUAAUAAAAUAGAAAUAAAAAUGAUUUACGAUAGGGUUACCCCUUUAAAGUGGUAAUACAAGUAUUCAAACCGGUUAACGACAUGUGUUGAUGGCAGUUUUGCUUCUAGUACUCUCAAAUAAGGAUAUAUUUGUUGUGUGAUAUAUUUCUUAAAUUAAAACUUAAGCACAAUCUAGAUGAAAAGUCAAACUUCAGAAAAUUAAAUGAAGAUAAUUCUUCUUAAAGGGGCCUUUUCACAGAUUUUGGCAUGUUUUGAAGUUUGUCA